UGGUAGGAUUAAAUACCUAGAUCAGGUGAGGCAACAGAGCAAAAGUAAAAGCAUAAAAAUGAUUGCGCUUUGGAAAGUAUUUCAUUUUUUCAUCUGUUUAAAACUAACAAGAUUCGAUGCUGUCAUUUGUGUCACCUAUGUUGAGAGUGGGAAGAGUGUUACCUUAAAUCCAAAUGUAUCUGGAGCAACACUUGAAGACAUAUUAUGGACAUACAAUGGAAAUAAGGCGGCUGAAAAUGAUUUGGUAAAUCUUCAAGAGUACGGUCAAUUCAAAGGAAGAACAGAGAUUCACAUCUCUACUGGACAGCUCACAGUUCAUCAUAUGACCAACAGUGACAGUGGUGUUUAUCAGUCUGUAAUAGAGAUAAAUGGAAAGCUGCUACAUUCUGAACAUGACGUUAAAGUAAUUGAUGCUUUGCCAGAGCCAACAGUGACCUGUGAAGUGAACAAAACUUCAGAUUUAAAAACUCUGCUGUGUUCAGUGGACUCCCAGACACAGCCAAGCUAUGAAUGGAGUGGAUCAAAUUUUAAUGGCCAUCAGGGGUCAAAACUUUCUUUUGAUAAACAGGAAGAGAACCCAGACUCAGUCUAUACCUGCAUUGUGAAGAAUAAGUUGGGCAGCAAGAGCACAGACUUCACUUUGAAAGACUGCCACACAGGGAGAAGAAGAAGAGAAAGAAGGAAACCAGAUAAGAAGAAUAAAAAGGAGGAAGAGUCACCCAAACAGAGGAGCAAGAGCCUUGGAAAUCAGAAAAAUGAAGCUGUGACUAGUGAUGAGGAUGACCAGACAGGAGAGACAAUAGAGGAUGGAAAGGAAGAAGAGAAACAGAAGAAGAAAAUUAUGAAGGGAAAGAGAAACCAAACAGAGUCCAAUCAAUGA